AUGCUAGUGUGUGUCAAUGGUAAUUUGAUUUUGAGUUUUGGUGCCGUAGAAGCUUUCUUAGAUGAUAAUAAACUUAUUUUAUUUUAUAUUAAAUAUCUAAUAGUGUUAUUUAAUCACAUUCUUCAAUUAUUUUCAUAUUACUUUGCUAUUUAA